AUGAGAAAGGUAUUGGAUCUUCUCACUGGAAAUUGGCGAUCUAUCGCCAACAUAGGAACCAAUAUGGCAUCUUAUGAUGCAGCAGUUCUCAACGGAAAGCUUCUCGACAACGAAAGCUGGUUAUGGUCAUUUUAUGUCUCUCCAAGGGGACAAGUCUAUGAUCCCAGAACAGAUAAUUCGGAAAACAUGGCUGUUGGACUUAGAGAAGGCUGGACCGCUCGAAAGAAUGAGCUAAAGGUCUAUGACACGGAAACAGACUCCUGGGAUGCCAUAGAUGGCCCCCCUUUGCCUGAGCAAAUAUGUAAGCCUUUUGUUGUCAAUGCUUGCAAUUGCCAUAUUUAUGUCGUGGGCCGAAAUCUUCAUGUUGCUGUUGGUCAUAUCUCUAAACUGCUUCCAGACAAAAUUUCUGACGAAAAAUGGAGCUUCAGUGUUCGGUGGCAUGUAAUCGAUGCACCGGAAAAUUUAUCUGAUCUCACUCCUUUAAGCUCUCAGCCUGUGAAAUUGAAUUUGUGCUUUGUUGUUGGUGAAUAUGUCGCUGAAUUGCUUGUUGAAUCUGAAUUUGCUGCUUUUGGAUUUGGUGAAAUAUUGUUGAUUGGAAAUGCAGAAGGGGAUUAA